CGCGCACUCAUGAUUAUCUGAGGACACAGAGGAGUUCGGGACACUGGCGGAUGCUUGAAGAGAGAAACGAAAUUACUCUGGACUUAUCACUCAGCUGCAGAUCUCUUUUUAUUUAGACCAGUGUUUCUUUUAUUUUGCACAGAGCGAGCGGUAAAUACAAACAGAUCAAAAUGAUGACCAAACAAUAUGGAAAGAGUGGGGAUGUGAGCGAGCUGGUGAGCUCCCUCGGCUGGCUGGAGGAGGAUGACGGCAGCUCUCAGGAUGGAGAGGAAAGCCAUGGUCUGACUGUAGAUGGACGAAUCCACUCCUGCACAGAACUGGGCAGUGAGGAUAUGGAGGAAGAGGAGGAGGAGGAGGAUGAUGAGGAGCAGGAGAUUGGACCAAAUGGAGAACAGGCUCCAAAAAGGAGAGGCCCUAAAAGGAAGAAGAUGACCAAAGCCAGACAGGAGAGAUUUCGUGCCCGGCGAACCAAAGCCAACGCCAGGGAACGCUCACGUAUGCACGGACUGAACGAUGCCCUGGAAAGUCUGCGCAGAGUGAUGCCCUGCUUCUCCAAGACACAGAAGCUGUCAAAGAUCGAGACUCUGCGGCUUGCACGCAACUACAUCUGGGCUCUGUCGGAGUCGCUUGAGAGUGGCCAGUCCCCUGAGAGUCAUGGCUUUGUGGAGAUGCUGUGUAAAGGUCUGUCUCAGCCUACCAGCAACCUCCUGGCCGGCUGCUUGCAGCUGGGACCCAGUCCAGUGAUGCUCACCAAGAUGGACGAUAAGUGUGGCGGCCCGGGGUUGGGGUUGGGUGGUGUGGGGGGUCAGGCUGGCCAUCCUCUCAGCUACCCGUCUCCAGGCCUUCCCAGCCCCCCCUAUGGCUCCCUGGAGGCUUCCCACCUCCUCCACAUGAAGGGAUUCAAAGGGUCUGUGUAUGACAACCCCUCCCCUAACGAGUGCAGCAGCGGCACUCCACCAUACGACGGGCCCCUCACUCCCCCACUGAGCAUCAGUGGCAACUUUGCCCUGAAGCAGGAGCCCUCUCCCCGUGAGUCAGAGAGGACCUACACAUCCCACCCUGGCCACCAUGCCCACUACCUCUCGUCCCACCAUUACCCCACUUCCACGACUGGGGGCCUACCAGGAGGUCCUCAGGGCCACCCACUUUUUCAAGCUGCACGCUACGAGCUGCCCCUGGACGUGGCCUUUGACUCCUAUAACACGUCUCACCUGGUCGCCUCUCACAUGGGCAGCAUCUGA